UGUGGCACUCACACGCUUCGCGUCCUGGCCAGGCACUCGUGCAGUCUCCGAUUUCAUAGUCCCUGCUCGUCGCCGACUAUAUCCCCAACUCUGCAUUGCAAUGCCAGGGGCGCGCGGUGUUGUUACUCUCUUUUUAGGUCACACUUAGCUUCAACUCAUUUUCGUGUCGCGGAGAGGAACGGCUUGGGCUUUUCAGGGGAUGUCUGGACUUGUACUUAUUUCAGGUCGAUGCGCACACCUGCAAAGUUGAGUAGAUACAAUCAUGAUUCUGGUUUUUCAGGAACUGUUUGGAGUCAAUCAGAAUCCAUUCAGAUAAUUGAUUUACAGCAGUGGCAUCGACACAUCAGACGCUACAAACACCACAAGAGGCAAAAUGCAGCAUGCGACGUUGAAAACAGAGGAGGAGUUAUUAGUGAUAGCUAUAUUGGAGGAGACGCCCUGGGAGAAACUUCCCAAACGUCUUAAGAAUUCGUUGGCUUCAAACGAAGAGUAUCAGAAGCGGGUGAAGGAAUAUUGCAUCAAAAAGCGUCUGAAGUGGAGUGAAUGUGCUGCACGUAACGCUUGCCGAGAGAACGAUUAUUAUGAAGACCUCGUUCGUUAUUUGCGAAAAAAUCUUGCGUUGUUUCCGUAUCAUCUAUCAGAGAAUGUCUGCCGAAUUCUGCGUAUUACUCCCUUCCGAUACUACCACGGAUUAUUGUAUGAUGUAAUGAAAAAUGAGCAACCAUAUGAUUCGAUUCCCAACUUCACAGCAGCAGAUGUGUUAAGGCUCACUGGAAUAGGUCGGAACGAAUUCAUUGAUAUAAUGAAUAAGUGUCGUGCUAAGAAAUUAAUGUGGAAGCUCAAUAAGUCCAUUGUUAAAGAAAUGUUGCCUACACAACCGGUUAACUUCCGCAUGGAGCCGUGGUGGGUUGUUUGUUUUGUUAAUUUGACCACUGAUGAGUAUCGGAAAUUGUCAGAGGAGGAGAUGGCUGUAAUAAGUGGAGGGGAUGGUGACAAUAGCGACCGCUUAGGCAAGGAAGGGGUUAACCUUGUUGGUGAGGUGGACGUCGAUGUGCUGCGAUCCCUUUAUCGGCGAGGUUUGAUCUACUUGGACGUUCCUGUGUACCCGGAUGACCACUUUCAAGUGUCAACUCUGGAGGGUUUCGUUUCCAAUCGAAACCAGCAAUACGAGGAUCCAACAGAAGAGCUUUUGUAUGCCGUAUUUGUGGCAUCUAGUGAACAAACAACUGUCGCGGAACUUGCGCAAACCCUUCAGGCCAACCUCGAGCAACUUCAGUCAGCUGUAUCGCUGGCUUCCCGACUUGGAUGGGCAAAGAAGUUCCUCGACCCGAUUUCUUUUUUACAGGAUUCAUCUAUACCUGAAUCUCCUCGAAGUUUUGGGGAUGAUCGGAUGCUCAGCCCAUUCACCAGUCCAUCACGGGUUGGUGCUUUGGGCCCACCAGAUGUAGAUUUGGUGAAGGGCCAAGCUGGUUUGACGCGUUUUGCUUACAUGGUGGACGCCAACCUUACAUCGUACUUGAUGAUGGGUUCUCUCUCUCCAGGUCUGAAGGGUCAUGCGGUUACACUCUUCGAGGCUGGAAAACUCGGAGAUUCUAGCGUGGCUGAUAUGUGUGAGGUUCUUCGGCAAGUAGAAGGGACAAAAAUGGAAGGAGAGUUGCAACAAUUUGCUGACCACGCCUUCAGCCUUCGUCAUGCUUUAGAAUGUUUGAGAUCUCAAGGCACUGAUUUGGAAGUUGAGGAGGCAGGCGAAGGUGGUAUUGGUGGAUUUCAUCUAGAGCCUCAUAGAUUUGCAGAUGGAAAUGAACCGUCGCAAUCUGGACAGUUAGUUCAGCAAAGUGUUGGCGAUUUUGAAGAUUACUCUACCAAUGCUGCUGAGAGGGGUGCAGAAACUGCAGAAAUGACUACUGUCCCGCCUGAUAUGGCGGACACAAAGGUUGCAAUGCGGUUUGGUGCUGCUCUGAAUCUGACUGGAAGAAAUUUGUCUAAGGAAAAUGUGCAGACACACAAGCCCUCUUCCCGUGUUGAUGUAAUCCGGAUAGAAAGUUUGCAAGACCUGGCCCCAGCCACUAUGCAACGAGUUUUACGGAGAGAUUAUGAUGUGGUUGUGUCGAUGAUACCACUGCCAUCUCCUCCUUCAGUUUGCUCAUCCGAUGGACUUGGUCCCGCGCAUUUUGGUCCUCCAUCACGUGCGUCGAUAUCCCCUUGGAUGAAACUUUUGUUAUAUCAGACAGCAGGAUCAGGCCCCAUAUCUGUUGCAUUGAUCAAGGGUCAACGGUUUAGAACUCUACCUCCUCCACUAGCAGGCUGUGCAAAAGCUCUUCUGUGGACUUGGGAUGGUGCUGGUACAAACGGAGUUGGAGGCAAGUUUGAAGGUACGCUUGUAGAAGGGAGUAUUUUGCUGCAUUGUGUGAAUACACUGUUGAAGCACAAUGCUAUACUCAUCCAACCCUUUCCGAAGACACAUUUGGAUUCUGGAGGCUCAGGAAAGCCUGUGACGAGAAAUGUUCCUUUACCACUCUUUGAAUCUUCCGAAGUUCACCCAUCUCUUAUUCAGGCUGCCAACGAACUUGCCCUCGAAACACUAGGUUACAUUCGGCUAGUACAGAUCCCAUGCAGAGACCCACAAGAACAUAAGGAGAGCUGCUUUGAGUGGGUUCCACAAAGCAUUGAGUUUGGAGUUCCACUUUUCGAUACAGAGCUAUGCAAAAGUGUAUGCCAAGGAAUAUUUCAAUCGCAUCUUUUUUCGCCUACAUCUCUCAUCAAACACCGGCAAGGAAUGCAUGACGUAAGGCAAAGGUUACAGGAGUUCAUCACGGAUUAUCAAGCUUCUGGCCCAAAAGCGACUUCUGCGUAUGCUUUAGCAGAUGGACCAGAUAUGGCUAACAGAUCUGUUUUUCACAAAAGUACUGGUGGCGUACCUAUGCUCUAUCUCCUCGAUGAAGAUGAUUCAAAUGAUGUUCCUUCGCCAGGCGUCAAUUUGAUCUUUGAUGGUGCUACUCUUGAGCCACUGCAUGUUGAUCGAUGUCUUCAGGGCAGACUUCCGGCACGUUUGGUAGUUGCGGCAAGUGCCGCUACUGAAACCUUGAGGACCAUGUACUGAUUUUCGUACACCUCAUAAUUGUCUUUAUUUUAGAUACUAUUAUUUAACUUGGUUAAUUCAAUUGUAAGUGGCACUAUUGGUUUUUCUGUUGUGCAUGAGAAUCCAUUUGUGGAACGUUCCAUAA